UUUGAUUUUCAUUACAGUCCGCAUUUUACGAUGCGUUUCAUCGAUGGCGCGCUUAUUAUGCCAUAGUGUUGAUCUCGAUUUACGGAAGCGUAUGAACGCAUCUGCACGUAAAGAGGCCGCGGAUGGGAAUCUUCUCUCCAGUCCCGUCCGAGAAAAAAUCACCCGCCAGCGCUUCGUUCGACCGCGUUUCGAGGCUGCCGUGCGAUCCUACGACUCGCCCAAGCUUCGUCGUCUCCGUCGCUAGUUUCUGAACUCGACGGCCAACCAACUGCAAAACGCGGCUGUCGUCUCGUUACCGCGCGUGUUUUUGCUGCUUCGUCGAUUGUUGAGCAUCGGAGGCCCGUUCAGACAGCUGUCAAGCGUGAAACGCGAGUGCGUGUGCGUAUAUGCGUCGCCUGUGAGAAUUUCCAUUUCGGCUGGAAUGCGGCGCCCGCCGCUGCGGUGAGCGAUACGUGAUGGAGCCUGGCUCUGUUGUGAAGGCGUUGUACGACUUCAACUCUGGUCUCGAAGGGGAACUUUCCAUAAAGAACGGAGACUUGAUUCAGGUUGUGGCCGCCGUUGACAGGCACUGGACUCUGGGCAACCUCCGCGGCCAGCAGGGAAAGUUUCCGUCUGCAUUUGUGGUCGAAGUGAAGGUGCCGCAGUUGUCAGACGGACAGGAGCUCUUUGCCGCCACCGCGGAUUUCUCGUCGGAUGUGCCGGGAGACUUGAGCUUCCAAUGUGGGGACCUGAUUGUCGGACUGGCCGCUGUGGAUGCCAACUGGUGGAGAGGCCAGCUGGAUGGGCGCGAGGGCAUCUUCCCGCUCUCGCACGCCUGGAUGCUCGACGGGGCGAGCCUCCGCCGCUCCACCCAGGGCUCGCGGGAUGUCAGCCUCUGGGCUCGCGUGCUCCAGAACCUGACUGCGCAGCUCGACGACGAGAUUAGCCUGCGCAGUGGCGACAUCGUGCACAUCCAACGCAUCAUCGACAAGGACUGGUUCUGGGGUGAAUGCAACGGUCGGUCUGGCAAGUUUCCCCGAAACUUUGUCACGCUUCUCUCCGACGAGGAGGAGAUUGCCGCACUGGCAAAAGCAUCCCAGCAGUCUGCGUCGACCUGUGCGAACGGAUAUCUGCCGCAGAGUUCCUCGGGUCAGCCGAAACCGCAGCACUCGCUCGACUCCGGCGAAGCCUAUGCCGCUGGGGACUUCGGCGGGGUAGCCGUGAAUGGAGUGCCAGCAGCGUCCGACGUCGGCGGUUACCACAGUCUCAACUCUGGUCUGGCACCCUACGCACGCUCCAAGUUUACGUUUGAGGCCCAGUACCCCAAUGAGCUGUCGUUCCAGGAGGGAGAGCUUGUGACGCUCAUCCGUCACGUCGACGACGAAUGGACGGAAGGCGAGCUCAACGGCAGAGUCGGGCUGUUUCCGACGGAGUACGUGGACAUCAUCGUUGAUUGCGCCGACCCUGCGGCGAAUGCGUUGACCGCCCCGAGCGGUCUGUCAACGGGUGAAGCCAGUGCUUCGGGCGCUUGCUUUGGGCGAGCUCUGUUUGACUUUCCGGCGGCCGUGGAAGGUGACCUAGCCCUGACCGCAGGCGAAGUCGUUGUCCUACUUGGCAAGGUCAACAAUGACUGGUAUCAGGCGAGGUCACGUGAUGGGCGUACGGGAAUCUGCCCAACGUCCUUUGUCGAGGAGAUGGUGAGGUCAUCCUCUUCAGAGGUUUCCGAAGCCGGCAUGCGGAAGAUGGGAAGGUUCAACUCCGCUCCAAUAUGCCGUGCCGGGGAGCCGCGAAGGAAAACGCUGCCGCCGUGGAACAGCCUCGCGGAAGAGGCCUCACCGCCGGCCGAUGUAGUGGACGGCCACGGACCGCAGAGUCUGCCCUUCUCUUCCUCCACUGAAGGGAGCUCUAGUCACGGAACACCUGCUCCGGCCUCUGAUGCCACUGCACCUCCAUUGAGACGCGCGAACACCCUCACCAGUUCAGACAGUGCGGCUUUCAAAAGAGAAGUUGCCAGUUUCCAUGAAGCCAAAGCAGUGACUCGCAAAGCGCCCGUGCCAACACGUCCGCCACCUGCUGUGCCCUCAAAAUCAUCCACGAGUGUCACUUCGCUGCCAAACAGGUCGGCACCUCCAAUUCCACUCGCCUCACCAGACCCCUGGGCAGCAUCAGAUGCAUCACCUGGACCAGAAGCCACAACACACGACCAGGUCGAUGGGUCGUUGUCACAGCAAGCCUGUACGAGCCAAAGAGGAACAGCUAGUGACUCGGCAGCCAAGGACGAGGAAAAGCGGCGGAAGCUGAGGGACCACAGGCAGUGUGUGCUGACAGAGCUGCUACAGACAGAGCGGGACUACAUCAAGGCGCUUCAGGUUUGCUGCGACGUCUACCUGAAUGACGUCUCUCGGAGCAGGAUGCAAAGCUUGGACAUCGAUGCUGUGACGCUGUUUGGGAACAUCGACGAGGUGAUUUCGGUCUCGUCACAGCUGCUCAGUUCCCUGGAGAAGGAGCUGGUGAAGCCAGAGUGCUCGCAGCUGAUUGGCACCUGUUUCGUGAAUGUGGCCGACGAGCUUAAGGAGGUCUACGGCCACUACUGCCGCAACCAUGACGACGUCAGUGGCCUUUGGACGAAGUACAUGGAGAACACUCGAGCAGCUCAGUUCCUCCAGGCAGGUGUGGAGCGCAUGCAGCAAGAGACCAACUGCUUCGACCUACCCUCUGUGCUCAUCCGUCCUGUGCAGCGUAUACUCAAGUACCCACUGCUCAUCAAUGAGCUGGACAAGUCAACAGAGACUGACCAUCCCGACAAGGUGAUGCUGGCACAGGCCAUGGCAAAGAUGUCCGACGUUGCAACCUCCAUCAACGAGUUCAAGCGGAGGAAAGAUCUCGUGUCCAAGUACAAGAAGGACCCUUCGGAGUCUACCCUGUCUCGGAGGCUGGCCAAGCUGAAUCUGCACUCGGUCCUGAAGAAGUCGUCCAGGUUCGGUGUCCGCCUGUCGUCCACCUUUGGCCUCACAUCCGUGGAAAAAGAUGAAGCCUUCGAGCGCGCUGAGCGGGAGUUCCGGGUGCUGGAGAAGGCGCUGAAGCUUUUCCUCAAGAACCUUGCCGUGUUCUGUGACCAGAUGAAGCAAACGGUGCACGUGUCACUGCAACUGUCCGAGGACCUAGUUCAGUACUACCACGACCGCAAGUCACUGCCCGAGGUGGAACGCUACCGAGCAGUCCAGCAUACCAUCUGCUCCCAGCACUGGCACGAAUUUGCAACAGCGGUGGAGCGUGACGUGGAGGGCGUGCUCAAGCAGCUGCUGCAGAUGUUUGUGGGUCCCAACAAGCUGAUCACCAAGCGGCAGCACAAGCUGCUCGACUACGUGGCCAGCAAGAGCCGCCUGGAGAAGAACCGAGACUUCACCAAGCAGAAGGCGCUCUCGGACGAACAACAGCUGGCCAAGAACACGUACAACGCGCUCAACGCGCAGCUUCUGGACGAGCUACCCAAGCUGUGCGGCAUCGCGCGGGAGGUGCUACAGUCAUGCGUGCAGGAGUUUCUGCGAGCCCGCAAGACCUUCAUUGGCCGCACGACUCGCGAGAUGCUCACCCUCAUGGAGCUUCCCAUGAUGCUUAGCGCCAAAGGAAACAGCAACGUGCUUGAGAACUUCCGCAUCAAGCACAGCCUGGUGCUGAAGAGUCUCGCGGAGGAGCCCAGUGCGAGCGAGACCAACCUGUUCACCGGCCUCCUGGCCAAGGCCGAGGGGGGAGGCACCCUGUCCCGCAGUGCCGGGGCCAAGAUGGCUGCCCGCCUGGGUCUCGGCUCUUCUACGAGUGCAACCAUUCCUGGCAAAUUGGAGCCUCAGACUGAGAUGCAGCGGGUGUUUCUGCGCUCCAGCUACCCCAUGGAGUUCAUCUACACUGUCGCAGAGGACUACGCCUCCUCUGACAUUCUGGACAUCAAUCUCCGAGCCGGUGAUGUCGUCGGUGUGGUCAAGCAGCAAGAUCCCAUGGGCAACCCCGAACGGUGGUUUGUUGACAAUGGCGCGACCAAGGGCUUCGUGGCGGCCAAGUUCCUGCGACCUCUGCACCGGCCACAGGGACGUCCCGAUUCACAGCUGCGCGCGUCCCCGCAGCCACCUGCAGCGGGGGGGUAUGACCCGCCACCACCUUACAGUGCCACAGACCCCUUGAGGCCUCGAACACCAACGCAGGUGUUGAGAGUGAGUCCAAGCCCACAGCCCGCAGAGCAAAGGAAACCGUACACGUAUGCCGAGAUAUCAAGGCCGCUGACUCCAAGCACAAGUCAAGCCACGGUUCCCGCAACGAGUCACCUGCCAAGCCAAGCCAUGAACCAAAGUGGCUACUAUCAAGGGUACUCCAGUUCCUUGGCUCCAUCGUCGGCCGCUGACGUUCAAAAUGCGGCUGUGUCCGGCGGAACGUCACAGUCUUCAGUGGUACCGUCCACCAUCGAUCCACGUCGAAGCUCACUAGGGCUGAGCACGGGUAGUCACGGCAAGCCGGACGACGCCAACACGAUGGCAGCGUCUGGAAACGCAGAGAAGGGUGGUGGUGUGACGACGUACAACUACUCGUUCGCAGCCGGCCAGACGGAGCGUCACACUUACGAGGAGAUUCCAGAAGAGAAGGGCCCUUCCAUCGGGUCACCGAUCCGGGAGCCGGAGACCACGGGCUCCCGCUACGCGAACCUCGAGUUCGACCCGCUUUCUGACGGGGGAACCAGGCCAUCGUGCGCUGUGCUUUCCCUACAGAAAGGAACCAAAACAGCUGAGGCAAAAACAGAGGUUGGCUCUCGCUACGGAAACCUCGAUGCAAUGGGAGCAUCCGUGGCAGGCAACCCUCCCAUCACCAAUGAGUACUACUAUGCGCUGUAUCCGUUCUCGGCAGCAGGCCCUCACCAGCUCAGCGUGGCCCAGGGGCAGGUGUUGCUGGUGAUCCACCAGUGUGACCUGCACGGCAACCCCGAAUGGUGGUUCGUCCAAGAUCGUCAUGGAAACCAGGGAUACGUGCCCGGAAACUACUUGCACCGCUACACACAGUAGCGCUGAUCAGUGUUGUAGAGAAUGGCACAGUUGCUAGCCACUUAUCCCGGUUAAGCCACACCGGUGUUGAUAUGAACUCUGCCCGCGAUGACGCAUGGUUCAGUUUUGAAAGAAUAACCUUGCGGACUGCAUCGACAGCUUCUGCUGCAGCUCAUUCCUUCGACGCAGCUCUUUUUGGUGGUCGUCUACUGCAGCAACGUGUGACGCCUGAGCCAUUCCGCUGACGUCCUGAACUGUUUACCUGUCUGCGAAACAUCAGCAGAGCUGAUGUGUCAUCGUCUCUCACCGCUUAUCAAUAAUUUGAAAUGAGAAAACAGAGGCUCAAGAACGGGCUGCAACUUCUGGUUUGACGCUUUUCCAACGUGCAAUCCUCAACGAGUGACCUUUGCUUCAGUGACUCAUGUUGUUCUGUUUCCCUGGUGAUCCAAGUCUUGAACCGUGCGGCCCAGUCAAAGGCACUUCAAGUCACCAGCAGCUACCGGCAUCGUUUGUUUACUGACACUUAUGGACAGUGUACGUUUGUCUGCAUUCAGUCCUGGUGAUAACGACUGCCUGCACGUUUGUCGCUAAUAGUGCUUGUCGCAAGCCCAUAACUGUUAAAUUGUGUGUGUGUGCAGCUACCUCACGCCGCUAAAGUCACCCGGUUACACACUUUUGCGUACGGCGUUGUCGUGUGCGGCAGCUUUCAAGACUUCAAUGGCAGCUCGUCAACUGUCUCCUCUGCCAACGUCCGUGGAUUCUUUCUGCACUCGGCUUGUUACCGUGUGUUGCUUCCACUGAUGAAGCCUGUGCAUUUCAUGCGCAUAUUCUUCUUUUUUGCUCUAGACACCUGUGACAUACAGCAGUGAUUGAAUUUGCUAUUGUAUUAAUAUUUACUGUUACAGUAACAAAGAAUCUUUCGUAUGUUCUGAAAAAAAAUUUCGAAUUUUCACCCAUUUUCAAAGCUGCACUUCAAAAAUUGAGAAAUUAUGAAAGAGCCUCCAGAUAGGAAGUGACGAAGUAGACAUGCUUCAACUAGGUGCUGUGCCCAGAUGUUGCUGGCAGCUUGCGUUAUGCAAAAUAUUGUUCCUUUCACAAUAUAUUACGGAGACCCCUUUAUUCACCACUGCGCUGCCUGCUCACUUUGUGCUGUGUUACUUGCCAUUUCAUUUAUUUCAUCUGUUGGGGAUCAUUGCUUUGAAAAGCUACGAGUCACUUAUCUGCUCUCAAAGCUUCAUCUAAUUGUCGGACAGAUGCUAUUUCUUGUCGCAAACUUCGAUGCAAAGUAUUAUUUCAGGGUUCGACACUGAAACUGAUAUCCGCGUUUCGGUAGUCUCAGAAUUAGUUGGACCGUACCAGUUUCCUGUUCUCUGCAGAUAUCAAUAUCGAGCAUGCGCUGGCGUUUUCUGACAAAAACGUUGGGCUUUCAGAAAAGCUGGAGGUACUGCUGGUUCUGCAGUUUGUCGAAUGUGGUUCAUUUUGUGAUAGGUUACCGGUGCUGAUCUGCUGGAAAACUUGUCGAAAAACACUCAUGGCUUUAUCGCUCGCGACUAGCCCUGAUUGUUGUCUUCUUCGAAGCAGGUGCAAGGGUCAACUGGAGUUUCAGAAACCGGAGACAAGAUGCAUGGCGAAAUGUUUUUUCACAUAUUUGCCUCGGGUGUUCUUACACCCAUUAUGUGUAGUCACAAGUAAAAAUCACACAGGAAGUUGAUGGUGCAGUGUGCCACUGGCACGGUCGGUUGAAGUGGGGUGCUAGUGGAUAAGCUGGUGUCAUUACAUACUCACCUAAUUAGGGAAAGUGAAACAAUGCUCACAACAAGACAUGAAGCAGGCAAUAGGACGCAGCAGUGCCCAUACUUGGCUUAUUGUCUGUGUCCAUCUGCGAGUUGCAUUACUAGUUAACUAACCACUUAAUAGUUAACUACUUCAUGUAAAUGGCUUUUGCAGUUUACAGUUGCUUCAGGUCAAGGAUAGGCCAUAGAUAUAGCGUAGGCUACAAAAAAAAAGCAGCAAGGAAGAGGGAGGAUGAAAAUUUUCAUGUUCCCACGAGCAUUGGAUCUUUCGGCUUUGUCAUAGAAAAAAAUGUCGACUUCGAUUGAAGCUACGAGGGCUUUUUGCAACUUCAGGUCCACUCGCAUUACGCCUGCUCAACUAGAGACGUCAAGUAGCUCAUUCGGUGCUUCGGCGUGUCCAGGAUAGCACAGUUCCGAAGUGAUUGCUUCAUUGGUAUUCAGCAAUUAAUUGCUGUAGGAGUGAGAGCUCAUACAUCUCUUGGUGAUACAUGUCAAGUAGCUGUUGUUUCGAACAAUCUGUUCCGCAGUUCGUUAUUGGUUUUGGUGCUAAAGCAAGAGGAAACGACACUCUUAAAUGUAAACCGGGUGUUUUCUUUCAUAUUAGCCUUGCUUGUAAACUAUGACUGUAACGUAUGUGAGCCAGUAGCUGCGUUAUUCAGCAACAAGGUAUGUAGAGCGAUCAAUAAGUUUGCUUAGAGCAUCCCUGAUGACAUGUAGAAGGCAACUAUGGUGGCGUCACCGGUGGUACAAAGUGUACUUGAUUGUUUUUUUUUUUGCUGUGUUGUUGUUGAUGCUUGGUUGUGAUAUUAUUGGCAGCAGGUUUUGAGUCAGUUCUUUUGCUACAUUAUGAAACUUCAGCCUGAGAAUCAGUAGUUAUGGUUAAAUUGUCUGUUUGUAGCUGAGCACAGAAGCACAAUUAUGCCAAAUGCCAGGAGAACAUCAGCGUUAUGUUCAACAGCUCAAGCACAUUUAGAACUGCGGCUGCGUUCAUUCCAUCGUUGGUCUGUACUUGAAAGUGUGUUUGAUUGUUUGUUGGAUGUCUUUGAAUGUACUGGCUUAGAUAAUGCUGAGGAGUUUGUGACCACUUUGUUCGAUACGUUGUUGGCACACCUUUUCUUUUUUCAGCACCUUAAAAUAUCUUGGCCAUAUUAAUUCAAAUGAAAAAUUUUAGUGCCCUUUCAAUGCGGCAACUCAUUGCAUUGCACAUAGUAAACUAUGCACUGAAGUACUUACCUUUAGUUUUAUUUUUAUUAAUAGAACAAAGUCAAAUUAGUGUUAGUGUGGUUUUCAAUUUUUCUAUGGGUGUGGCCUUAGAGUGCUUUGUCAUUGCCAUCCUUUUCGAUAGUGUUUCUGCUAUACUCAUAUUGAAGUCUAAAAUCAAAGGUGCUGCCGAUAAAAAGUUUUUUCGCCGGCAAUCUACGAUUGCAACUUCGUGACCAGCCCAAAAAUAAAUUUUAUUCAGUGUGGUUAUUCCGACAGAAGCAUAGGGUAAGAUAAAUUUUGUGUAGAUACAGUUGUACAGUUAACUUUAUUGUAAAUAGAAUUGCCCUUUUAGUUGGCCUCUUAGUUCCAAACACUGAUUCAUGAGCGCCCCUGAAGCUUAAUUUUGUCAGAAUGGCGUUCACUUGCGUGGCGGUCGAAUUUGUGACGGGACGGGUGGAUGUAUUAGUAACUCUAGUAACAAAUAUGAUUGAAACAUCGCUUGUAUCAAAAGUGCUAGGAACACCAUUCACACGCAAGAAAAUCUACUGCGCAUGUAUUCUUCAAGUUGACAAAACGUGUCCCACGACGGUGUAGUCUGAUACAUUGCGACACAAGUUCUAAGUCUGCUUUUGGGGCAGGGCAGAUUCAAAGUGGUGAUCGGGUGGUUUGCGAGGUUCUGCCAUUGCUUUUUUUUUGCACACUUUACCCGUCACAUUGUCACAAUACCUUUAAUAAUAAUGUCUCCAUGAUAAGAGCAGCUGUACAGCAGCAAGUCAUGUCGACAGCAAUGAGUGAUCAUAAAGUUAGCUUAUAAUAUUCAAGCAAAGUGUGGUGUAAGCCAUGGUGUACAUUCUGUUAGGACAGAUCUAAAAGUGGGAACGGUCUCGUUUAUGUAAGGCACAUAACGUUCUAAACAGAUUCACAUUAUCUUUAGUAUAUCUAUGUUUUCUUUUAUUUGUGGCUUAAUUUUUACUUAUUUUAAGCUGCAAAGUUAUAGUUACACAGUGCUAUUUCUCGUGACAACCGAAUCUUUUGCAAGUUGUUUGCAUUACAGGGUCAUGUUUUGUGUCAUUGGGCAGAAUCUUUUUAGACAGAUUCUGCGGUUGCAAAGUGCACUGUAGGCUCCUGGGUGAGAGCACCAAAGAUCUGUAGCUAAACAGAAAGCUCUUGCUUUUUAAUUUCAGGACAAGUUAUAGCUUCUGUCGUGUUAAUUUGAGCAUCCGGAUGUAUUUUGUUGUUUGCCACAAAAAUGAUCUACCGUAAGAGAGCUUGAGCAGCUGAAAGCGAGUGUUAACUUUUUGUACAUCACCUAGAAGGUUUAUUUUUUUUUUUUGCACAAGAGGAAAAAAUAACCUGUGCUGUGUGCUGGCACCAGGUGAUGCUUAUGAGUGUACUUGCCCUGGCUUCACCUCUCUUCAACGUCUACGUUGCAGUUUACCGCUCCAGAACUUUUUGUUCUCUUCACAAGAGAAGAGAGUUUCUAUGUGCCACGCAAGUGACAUGUGAGGUGAUCGACAUGUGACAGCUUUGUAUCUAGAGUUGUGCAUUCUGUCUAAGGGCAACCCACUAAAUGUUUAUUACAACUUUAUCAUCGUCAAUCAUUCCAUUUUAGUCAACAUCCUUUGCAACCGGGGUGCUUCAUAGCUGUGUCAAGUACUAGUUUACAAAAGAAAAUGUACCUAUAUGCAGCACAAUGUUUAGGUGUGAUGAACUCACUAAGCUUGUUUUGUUAUUUAACACAAUACUCACAUCUAGUUUUCUUUUCGGAGUGCCGAACUUUCUAUUCACGUUCAAUGCCUUCGGCAGACUAUGCGCACUGAAUGUGCUGAAUUUGUUUAGACAUGAAUUUGUGUGUUCUUUACGGCCAGUUAUUUGUAUAGUUUGUUUGAUGGCAGUUAUUAUCUGUAAGGCGCCUGGAGUGUAGUUCAACUUGUUUUCCUCAACGAGAUGGCCGUUCUGAAUAACCUGCUAAUUGGUGUGCAUUACAUACAUACAUUUUCUACAUUAGGCAAAGUAUGAAACUACUAGUAAUGGUACACAAAAUUUUGCACAUAUGUUAACACCUGCACUGCUCCACUGCCUGAUGAUUUGUUUAUGGUGCAUUAAUGUCGAGGGUUCAUUAUAAAAGCUUUGUAACGUGCUCCAGCUUAAAGAAGCAGCACCUGUGCUUGAAGCAUGUUCAUCCAUGUUUUUUCGAACAGGGCUUGUCUUGCUGCACAUGCCUACAAAAUUUUCCACUUACACGUAGGUUACGAAUAUAAAAAGAUAUAGACAGAUUUUACUUCCUGUAUUGCUGUGAUAUUGGUGCACUACCGGUUCUGUACUUUUUGCAUCAAAGUGUGGCAUUACGCGGCUUCAGGAUGACUGCAUGCGACGGUUUAUACAGUGAUAUGGCCAAGUAUAAUUGUAUAGUCUUGUGUAUGAGUGUACCUGCAGCCUAAUGCCAAAUUGGCUCAAUUGGUUGAAGCGAAUAGAUUUCGUUUUGUGUGACUUGUGAGCGCUUCAGAAGCAGAUCACGCGAGUUUUCGAGACUGCAAAGCGCUUAGAGGUUUCCCGGCGUUUGUUGCGUAAUCCCUGUGAACGUCACAAUCGUAUUAAGUGAGUUUCGAAUUGUGCGCAGCUUGUAGUACUUAUACUUGUUGAUUCUGUGGUUAGCAGUUAAUAGUUCUAUUUUUUUUUAAUUUGUUCUACGCUCCGUUCAUCGUCAUUCGCGCCGAGUGAUCAAUUCACCCGCGUCACUUCACCCAGUUCUUGUCAUUCCUUCGUUAUUUUUUUUCGUCAACUUUGUUGUGUUUGUUCGACUGAUUGUUUUCUCGCUACCUUUGUUCAGAGGUUUUUGAUUCUGUGCACUUGAAUGGAAAUGCGGGCAAUUGUUUUCGCGCUGUAUGUAACGUCGAUCUGACACACUGAUAUUUAAUAAACAAUGUUUUGAAGAAAAAAAA